AAAUGUGGUGCCACAUAUAAUUGUAGAAAUUAUAUGUUGCCAGCAUUUAGUUUUGCCAGACAAUGGCGCUCUUGCUCAAUUGAAAAUAGGGAAACAGUCUUAUGUUUGUUUUAUUUUAGUUUCAAGAUGACACUUCAGGUUAUACACAGGAACUGAGAAUAUUCUAUCUUAAAACGAAAGGUACAAAAGCUAAUGCUUGCGUGACAUUGCUGCAUUACUCAGAAAAUGGCUCACUUGUAUUUUCAGGUUUGCCUUUUAGUGUUUGUCUUAAAAGUUCCUCCCAAAUGCAGAGAAUCUGACUCCGCAGGUGAUGACAUUGCAGGUUUUAAAGAUGAAGACGUGAUUCUGUCAUGUCUAAACUUCAACAUCACGGGUCAAAGGAGUUGCUAUAGAAUCAGACUGGUGAACAACACAGAUUCCUACAAAUCGUCAGUUAUAUUUGAGUAUCCAAAGAAAUCCCAGGAUGCCAAACGUGUGAAUUUGCAAGCAAACGAGAAAGGACAAACGUGUGUUUUUUUGAAAACCUUGCAAAUUUCAGAUGAAGGGAAAUACAACUUUGAAAUUUGGGAAGGAUGGGACAACAUUAAUGUCAUCCGCAUAAACUUAAAAGUGAAAGAAUGCAGAAACCUUAAGUCACAGGUGGCAAAGCCUGGCCAGAACGUGAGUCUUAACUGCUCAGUGGAUGCAGAAAUGGCCCCUUCAAAUGUCACAUGGGCGAAGAUGAAAGGGAUCCAGCCUGUACCUGUUGAUUUGACGAGGGUUGAAAUGAAGGGUACAUCCCUGACAAUCAAGUCUGUGUCCGCCAGUGACACUGGUUGGUACAAGUGUGUUUAUACACUCAGUCAAAGUCGACGCUGCUCAGAGAUCAAUCUACUUCUGGGUCAUCAAGAUGUGUCCACGGCGACCAUGAUUCCAAGAUCUGCAUUUACAGAAACUCGCCAAGCCUCUCCUUACAUUGCUUCGGAAACCAACGAGAUGGAAGGAAGUGAAACCUCGACUCUUGUUGUAGUCCUGACCAUCACCUCAAUUUUCACACUUGCAGCAUUUACAGGAGUGUUUAUUUACAAGAGAUACAAAACUCUCAGGAACUCUCCAGUUUGCUUUAGAGAGUCUGCAGACAUUUAUGAGAACGUGAGUCUUCCAUGUUCACCAGAUACUACAAAUCGAGUCAACAGCUUGUAUUCAUUCCCAGAGGAGAAUGUAUAAGGAUUCACCUUUCAAAACUAGAACUUUUCUGGCUACUCAUGGAGAAUACUGAAGAUCUACUCCCUCAAAAAAAUAAAAUAAAAUAAAAAUAAAACCAGCCUGCCUGGCAUCAGGAAAAACACCACAUUCAGCAACACAGAACCACUUAAAUCCUGCCCCCUCUAUUGCUUUGACCUUCAGCAUAUUGUUGUCACCAUGUCUAAAUGCCUAAAUGCAGUGAGGUGCUACAAUGUAAUUAGCUGAUUCAUUAUGUGCACUAACACAAGAGCGCUGGAGUGGCUAACAAAGUUUCCAGUCAGUUUACUUCAAAUUUUCUUAAUUUUUCCAAGUGAAAUGUGUGCUACAUUGUUGUCUUUCAAUAGGCUUUAUUUCAUCCAAAGCAUGCAUGUGAUCUUCUCUUGUGCAUUUUAUUUCGCAAAUCUUGUUUUCUGUGUUGGCAAAUAAAACUAUUUCAGCAUUUAA